AUGACAUACACCUCAACCGUCCUCCCGCUGAUCUCGCUCAACGUCACGUUACUGGCGCUGACGAGCCACUACCCAAACCUCCUGUCCACCCCCGCCUUCACCGUGUUCCACGUGUGGUUCCUGUUCUCGAGCAUCGUCGCUUUCCAGCAAUACAGCCUACGGGUCACAGGUUGGCUGAAGGUUCGCUGA